GCUGAGAGCGCACGGGCCUGCCCAAAGGAGCUUUGGCUGCUGGGGCAGAGCGGCGGGGCUGGGGCGAGAGGGAAGCGCUUUGUGCGGUGGUUGGUUCUCGCGCCUGCGGGCGCGCCGGAGAGGCGCCGAGCCCGGGUGGCGCGCGCGUCCCAGGGACCUGCGGGGGCGAGUCCGCGCCCCUUCGGCGGCGGAGGAGAGAGCGCGAGAGCUCGUGCGCCCAGGCGCCCGUGGAGGCAGAUUUGGCUCUGUGGCUCGCUGAGAGCCGGGCCACCGAGACACAAAGACUGGUGGGGUGUGCAAGCAACUGGGGAGUUGGCAAAGGAAAAGCGAAAGUCGCAGGUCCGGCCAGUGCCGGGGUGAAGGCGCAGCGCAGCGCUCCUGACGCCGGCGGUACCCGGGCCUGCCCUCGUGGGCCUGCCUGGCCGCGCCUGGCGCGCCGCAGCCAUGGCCAUCGCCCACCUGGCCACCGAGUACGUAUUCUCAGACUUCUUGCUGAAGGAGCCCUCGGAGCUCAAGUUCAGGGGGCUUCGGCUGGAGCUGGCCGUGGACAAGAUGGUCACGUGCAUCGCCGUGGGGCUGCCCCUGCUGCUCAUCUCGCUGGCCUUCGCGCAGGAAAUCUCGAUUGGUACACAAAUAAGCUGUUUCUCCCCAAGUUCUUUCUCCUGGCGUCAGGCUGCCUUCGUGGAUUCUUACUGUUGGGCUGCUGUUCAGCAGAAGGACUCCUUACAGGGCGAUUCUGGAAACCUUCCAUUGUGGCUGCAUAAGUUUUUCCCCUACAUCCUGUUACUGGUGGCGAUCCUCCUGUACCUGCCCUCCCUGUUCUGGCGUUUCACAGCUGCUCCUCAUCUUUGCUCAGAUUUGAAGUUUAUCAUGGAAGAACUUGACAAAGUUUACAACCGUGCUAUUAAAGCCGCAAAGAGCGUGCAAGACCUUGACGAGAGAGAUGGUGCCUGCCCAGUUCUGGGUGUUAAUGAGAAAGUAGGGCAAAGUUUUUGUGAGAUACCUGAAAGCCACUUCAAGUACCCAAUUGUGGAGCAGUACUUGAAGACAAAGAAAAACUCUAAUAAUUUAAUUGUCAAGUACAUCAGCUGCCGAGUGCUAACACUCAGUAUUAUACUAUUAGCAUGCGUCUACCUGGGCUAUUACUUUAGCCUCUCCUCCCUCUCGGAUGAGUUUGUCUGCAGCGUCAAAUCCGGGAUCCUGAGAAAUGAUAGCGCUGUGCCUGAUCAGUUUCAUUGCAAACUGGUUGCAGUCGGCAUCUUCCAGGUGCUCAGUUGCAUCAACCUCAUCGUUUAUGUUCUGCUGGCUCCCAUCGUUGUCUACACGCUGUUCAUUCCGUUCCGACAGAAGACAGAUAUUCUCAAAGUGUAUGAGAUCCUGCCCACUUUUGGUGUCCUGCAUUUCAAGUCUGAAGGGUACAACGACUUGAGCCUCUACAAUCUUUUCUUGGAGGAGAAUAUAAGUGAGCUCAAGUCAUACAAGUGUCUGAAGGUACUGGAGAAUAUUAAAAGCAGUGGUCAGGGCAUCGACGCCAUACUCCUCCUGACUAACCUUGGCACGAUCAAGAUGGAUGUUGUCGAUGGCAAAAAUCCCGAGCCUGUGGAGAUGAAGGGAGAGGAGCAAGGGAACCAUAUGGCAGAGCUCAAAGAUUUGAAUGUACACAGUGAAACUAAAGCAAAUGGAGAGAAGAAUGCUCGACAGAGACUUCUGGAUUCUUCUUGCUGAUGAUUUUUUCCUUGAACUUCAGAUCUGUGACUUCGGUGACAUGGGAUUCAUUUUGGCUAAAUCACCUCUGUCAGGUUCCCAGCUGGUUUGCAGUAGAUGGUUCUUAGAAGAGAAACUGAGCAUGUCUUACUGAGUCCCUAAUGAAAAUGAUGGUCAACAAAAUGUUGUGGAAGAAUGGUUCAUGAACUUCCUAUGAGAAGCAGCGUGGAGAUACAUAAACCACAGCAAGUAUAUAAGUGUAAGUCCUCAUCAAACGAAAAGUGGAAAGACUGCUCAGAGUAGAGUAGGAGCACUUUUAGCGCCUCAGAGAAACACCUUUCUGAACAAGUGGAGUGAUGAGACUCAGACCUACUGGGAAGCAAGGACUUCAGGAGGUUUUUUUUGUUUUGUUUUAUGAAAUAAUAAUAAACAUGUCAGGAUAUAAUUUAAUAUGAAUCUCCUAUGUGCCCUUAAUGCCUGCUGGAUGAGAAGAACAUUGACUGGCUAACUGUGGACCCAGAGGUGGACCUGCCCUUAGCAGGCCCUAAUUGUGAGUAAUGCUAGUGCCUUGGGUCUUGUGCCCCCAGGCUCUCUCUACACUGCUGCUUGUCAGCCUUGGCCAGUGGAAAUCCUCUAACCUCUGUUGGUUGCAUUCUGCUACGAAGGGCAGCAGUCCAUGCCCUUGUCUGACUGAAAACUUAGUUAACGAGAUGGUCUAAGGGAUAUUUAAUUGUGACUUCUCUACAGAAAGAACGCUUCUAAGAGAGCCCAGGGGGGAAAUCUGAACACACUGAACAGGUUAAUUCAAUCACUUUCCAAGGAGUUUUCUGUAGGGAAUUCAAAUCCUCUGUUAUCGAAAGCAUUUGAAACAGAAUGUUACGUAAACAAAUUAACAGAACACAGAAUGCUUAAAGUGAAGGACAUUUUGCCUAUUAUGAUGAGAACAUAUAAAUGACACCUGCCAUGUGGUGCGCUUGGAACCAGAACAACUUAGCAGUUUAUUUUAUUUAUAUUUAAGCAUAUAUUUUAAAAAUUCAUUUUAAUUUAAAAUCAUAUGAUGUCAGAAUUGAGGCCAUUUGGGAAGAACAUUCUAGCAGUGAUGGAGAAUUAUAGAAUAAAUGUUGCAAAUGGGUGUAUAAUAUAACACCCAAGCAUUAUUUCUUAAACAUUUAAGGCCAACUCAGAAAAUAUAAAAAACCUUCCCCAAUUCUGACCAUGUAAAUAGAUCCUAACUAUGUUUACAUUUUAUGUAAAAUUCCUUAAAAUUACACCUCUGGACCUCCCUAUUUUUAUUCUUAGAAAGUUAACACAUUGCUAAAGUGAGUAAUCCUCACAAACGUCAAAGUUUAUGUUUGGCUCUUAGGGACAGUUCUUUACCAAAUCUAUUUACUGUUUUGUGAAGAAUAAAAUUUUAUAAGCUGCUCUCUCUGCCUUUCAGAAUAUUCACAAAAGCAGAUUCUAUUUCUGCUUCUGUGAUAGUUUCUGAGAUGGAAAGCUAAUGAUAAAUAUCAAGGAUGCAGUCAGUGCUUUAAAUUAUUCUUAUUAUGUAAUAUUUAUUACUGUUAAAUUAUAGUUUGACUUCGAAAUGGUAGUAACUUAAAUAAUCAAUUUUGCUACAUUUUUAUAUCGCUGUCUCUGAGAUGUUCCAGCCCAAUUCUCUACACUAGUUUGUUUUUAUAAUCUGAUAAGAUUUCUGGAAUCU